AUGGCGAAUUCCGCAGACAAGACCAAACCGUACUUCCACCCGACUGGCCUCGUCACUGACGGAUAUUCUCGGGAUGGCGAAGCGACCGCAACUUGCUUUUGUGGGAAAGUACAACUCGCUUUUCCGACUGAAGCCCCGGGCCUCGUCAACUCCUUCGUCUGUCACUGCAGCGACUGUCACAAGAUCCACUCGUCCAUGCUUGGCGCCAACAUCACCAUUCGCGAUUCUCACCUGAAACACAUCCGAGGACGCGAACUUCUCAAAACCUUUGGACUGUCCAAGCAUAUCGCCUCGGGCGAGAAGAUGACCAAUCAUUUCUGCUCGGAAUGUGGCACGCUCAUGUACCGGGUCGGCGAGCAUUUCCCUGGUGUCAGCAUCCUUCGUCUGGGGACCGUGGAUGAUUUCAACCUGGCGGAAACUAAGUUGAGGCCUACGACCGAACACUUCACCAAGAAUCGGGUCGGCUGGCUUUCGGAAUUGGAGGGGGUGAAGCAUUUUGAAGGGCCUGGUUAUGAUGUCAAAAAUCGGCUCAAUUUGGAGAAGGGGAAUUUGUAA